AGUUGAGGUUGAACGAAUCAAGUGGUAAGGGAUACUCUGGUGGAAGAUUAAUGUCAACCAUAUUCGUUCAUCGUUGUCAUUCGUAAUUUGAAUGUUGCCACUGGAACUCCAAGGAAAUGAGGGACGUGACUGUUCGAGUUGUUUUUUGGCCCGUGCUGAUCACAACAACAUGGAUCGGAAUCUCUUCGGUACGUACCCAUACAGUGAAUGGUACAGAGGCGUGCUACAUAAAAAUAAGCAAUACAAAAGUCCGUUUAAUCCCAUAUGACGAAGUCUAUCAGGAAACAUGUUGGAUCUUCUUCGGUUGCAUCGCCUUUCGGACGAGCUAUAUUCGCCAGACGUAUACGGAAUUUAGGCUGAAGAACGUAUCAUGCAGUGGCGAAACUUCGCGAAAAUCAAAUAAAGACGUGGAUCUUCGUACUUGCGACUGCGAUCAGCCGCAGGGUGAAUGUGAUUCGAUAUGCGAACACAGAGACUUGUACGACAACUUGGAGGUCAACAAGCUUCUCCGCUACUGCUCGAAAGGGUACAGCCUCAGUAUUAACAGAGAAGUACGAGUAUGCGAACCUGUUUGCGCCACCAGCUGCUCAAACGGAUGGUGCCAAGAGCCAAACGUCUGCGCUUGCGAAUAUAACUUUGGUAAUAAUGGAAUCGAAUGUGUGCACGUAGAAAGAUCAGCUUGCGUUCACGGAUAUAGAGCCUGCAAAUCCCAGUCCGAUGGUAAAGAAAUUGAACGUGGACUAACGCAGAGACAACCUUGCGAUUAUGGAUACGAUGAAUGCAAAUGUCACUUAGGUUGGGUAGGAGAUUUUUGCGAGACACCGAGUCAUUGCUUAGUCGCCAAGUUUCCCCUUUCCGACCAGUCUCCAGAGUUUGAGGCACAUUUGACCGGAAGGAGUCAGAAACCCUUAAGCGAGGUUACUUGGCCUGCUGAACUCGAAAAAUUGCGGAUCUUACCUGCUUGCAGUCAAAAAUGCCCCGAGCAACUUUACCACGAAAGUGACGCAUUUUUUCAUGAUAAUAACUUGAACGUGACUUUCUACGUAGUUCCAAACGAGGUGCGGUGCAAAUCAAUUAAAAGGCACGGCAACAACUUUUCUAACGAAUUCAGUAACGUACUGCUGGGAACAUUGCUUGGAUUCACAUCUUUGACAAUAUUAUACUUCGUCGUAAUUUCUGUCCGCAAAACAUGGAAAGCGAAAUGCGCACCUUACCACCAGAAAAUAUGGCGUGGCGGUGAGGAAACAUUUAUUCAUAACGGCUACAGAGGCGAUCCGGAGACGAGAAGUUUGACGAAACGUUCGGAAGUCGUAAAUUGCCCUGAGGGCUAUACGAGAGACAGAAUCUACAACAAUUGUAUACUAUCCUGUUCACAAUAUAACUGUAUUAACGGAAAGUGCGAUGGUCGCACCGAAUGCAAGUGUAACGACGGAUACGUCAAGUCCCGAACCAAUAGCUUCAUCUGCCAUCCAAAGUGCAGACCCUGCCUGCCUGGGGAAUGCACCAAGUCGCAACUCUGUACCUGUGACAAAGGUUACAAGUUGAGUUCGAACCAACAAACUUGCAAACCGAUAUGUAAUGAUCCACACUGCGAUCGAAAACUUUGCGUCAGUCCGGAUCGCUGCUACAGGAGUUCGACCUUCGCCAAAUUUUUAUUCGGUCAGUUUUGCAGUAGGGAGUGUGGGUUUGGCGAAUGCGUUGGUCUUAAUACCUGCGAAUGCUUCAACGGCUGCAAUAAGACGAAAGAUGGUCAAUGCACUUAUCCAAUCUGCAAAGAAGAGUGCAAAUAUUCAUCAUGUACCGGUCCAGAUAUCUGUACUUGUCAUCCGGGGUACGAAAAACCCUUUGAGAAUUCGACAACGUGCGUUCCUCGCUGUACAAGAUGUAACAACGGUAUCUGCGAUGGCCCUGAGAUUUGCCGUUGCCAUAGUGGAUUUGUAAAUCCCAAAAGUAAUAAAGGAACCUGCGCACAUAAAUGCUCUCGUGGCUGGACAGGAGAAUCGUGCGAGAAGCCAAUCAUAUGCGUUAUAGCGCUAUACACUCCUCACGACUCCGAAAACUCGAUAAGAGAAAUUCCGGAAUCCAAUGGCACCGACGAUGAAACGACGAAUUUUCAAGUUGACACAGAGCUUCCACGGUGUCACGAGAAAUGCUUCAACGAACUCACGAUCAGAAGCAUCGCUAACUUCACCCGAUCUACCGCAAACAUGACUUACUAUUUUGUUCCGAUUGCUUCCGCGUGCAAUGAAAUGAGACCUAGCGAUACCGAUUGGUCACAAAAAUCAACAACCAUAACAGUAUUGAUAUUAAUACCAAUUAUAUUGUUCGCGGUGAUCUUCGGCUUUGUUACUUUCGUACGCAGGAGGCGAAGAAACAGAGGAUUCAAUGAAGCUACGCCUGUGUACGAUGACGCUGGGGAAGUUCAUUUGUACGAGCCGUUGAAACGAAGAUUCUGCUCAAUCUUUCAAUUAUCUCGGUGAUGCAAUCGCAUCAAAUUGUCGAAAAUUUGGUUUAAAUAUAAUUAGUAGUUAAAACAUCUUAAUAUUCUACAAACAAUCGCGCAUAUUAAAUAUCAAUGUUUUUUUCUGCUAAAAAUUGGCGAUA